AUGGUCAUCGGACUGGUCGUCCUCCUAUACGCGGCUGUAGAAUAUCAGAUGCGCCGUCAUGAUGUCAUCCGUCCUCUUGCACGUAGCGCAAAAUACAAGGCUUCUCGGAUAAGUUUCUUCAUCACACACUACGGUCUUACUGGAAUAGCGCUUUGGUGCUUCGCCAGUCGGGAGGUAUGGCAAAUCCAGCUGCAGGUCGUACGCAGCAUCGACGAUGGGGAUGUCACAAACUAUAAGAAGUCAGCACAAGAGGACAGCAACAUCAUAGCGGUUGCAGGAACUAUCAUCGCCCAGAUCGCCAUCACCGCACUCUCAUUGGAUGAACUCAGCAAGACUCAUUGGGUUGCGCGGGCGUUCUUCACUUUCAGUUUAGUCUCAGCCAUCAUGGCUGUCUACUAUGCCACAAGGCAAUAUCGUACCCUGGGACGAUGUUUGCGAAUCGACCAAAUGAAGACCUGGAUCUGCGGCAAGAAUCGCUUUAAGGGCAGGACUCCGUAUCUACCUCCUACAACUCCUUCUGAACAUCCCGAUCUACCCUCCGUGGCCGCUGUCCUGACAGUUUCUGCUCCUAACAUGCUCAUGUCGGCCUCGCUCAACUGCUUGCUCGUCGGAUUUGCUGUGUACCUCGGAUUCACUUGGACAAGGAACUUGGACGAGGAGGCUGGAAAAGACGGAAGUCGCGCUAUCUUUAUCACGUACAUUGCAGGGCUGAUCUUUUGUUACGGGGUGUACUCGAUCUCAAGCGCGGUCGUCGCUAGUGAUAGCCACGAGAGUGAGCAUGACCUGCUCUACGGUAACGACGAUGCAAAUACCCAGCAGUAUAUCAGCGGAGAUGAGGAAAGCGCAGCAGGUGCUAGCAACCAGCCAGAGAUCACUAUCUGCAACACACACGACGAAGAUACCCGGAAAGAGCUGUUGGUACUGUUUCAGGAAGCCGCAGAUAUGCAUAAAGCAUCCGCAAAGGUCGACGAGCGUUUAGCUCGGCUUCUGGAAAGGCUUGGAGAGGAGACGGCAGAACAGAAUCAAAUUGCCGACGAAAUGGCCAUCACAAACCCCACGCCCAACCAACCCCAGCACGACGAGGACGACAUCGACGUACAUGAUGUGGACAACACACUAGACGCCGAGGAGGCGGAAGAGAUUGUGGAGGACGAUGGCGACGUGCCCAUGGACUCAGACGACGAGGGUGACGAGGGUCGCCAAGAGAUGGAGAUGGAGAUCAACCUCCAAAACGACUCGGUCGCGCAUUUUGACGAGCACAAGGACAGCAUCUUCUGCAUAGCGCAACACCCCGUACACCACGAGAUCAUCGCGACAGGAGGCGGCGACGAUGUCGGCUACAUCAUCGACGCGUCUUCGGCGGCAGCGGCGCAACCGAGCAGCGACGGACAGCCCACCGAGCGCGAGGGCCUGAAGAGCAUCUUCACACUAGACGGACACAAGGACUCGGUCAACGCCAUCACAUUCACCCAGCCAAAGGGACAAUUCGUCGCGACAGCUGGCUUGGACGGAAAAUUGCGCGUCUGGCAGGGCGUCCCCGACGGCAAGAAGUGGAAGUUCCUGGCAGAGGCACAAGAGGUCGAGGAGAUCAACUGGGUCAUCCCCAACCCGUCGCCCGACCACCCCAACGUUGUCGCGCUCGGAGCCAACGACGGUUCAGUGUGGGUUUACCAGAUCAGCACAGAGAAGAACAACGAGCUACAGGUCCUACAAGCAUACUACCUCCACACCGAGACCUGCACUGCCGGCUCAUGGUCGCCCGACGGCUCCCUCCUCGCUACCAUCUCCGAAGACUCGAGUCUAUACGUGUGGGAUGUAUUUGGCGAUGCCGCAUCCCAAGGUCUCACCGCGACUACCGAUUCACAAGCCGUAGUAGGUCUGACAGGCCUGGACGAGCGCUUCCGCGUUGAGGGCGGAUUAUACUCAGUCGGCAUCCCGCCAUCGGGCGCAUUCGUCGCAGUCGGUGGCCCCGAAGGCCAAAUCCGCAUCGUCGGACUCCCUCGUCUUUCUCUCGCUGCGCCCGCGCAAGCAUCUACAUCAUCGAGCGGCGGAGGCGCAAAGAACAAAGCUGGAGGAGGCAAGCAGGCUGGCGCCAAAGGCGGUGCUUCGUCAGCUGGUCAAGCCGGACAGAUCUUGGCAAGUCUCCAAGCUGGAAGCGACAACGUCGAGUGCAUGAGCUUCUCCUCUGCACCACUCACUCUCAUGGCCGCCGGCAACGUCGACGGCUCCAUCACCCUUUUCGACACCGCACACCGCUUCGCCGUCCGAAGGCGGAUAGAAGACGCACACGCCGAUGACGAGUCACCACAAGCUGUGGUUAAGCUCGACUUCGUCGCUAAGGAAGGCCCCGGAGGUUGGCUGUUGACCAGUGUGGGAUACGACGGUGUUUUGAAGCGAUGGGAUGCACGAGGUGGAACGGCUGCGGCUGGAAAGGGCCUUGUAGGCGAGUGGAAGGGACACCGGGGAGGUGGUGAAGGAGGAGGCAUCAUGGCCUUUGUACAAGGAGAUGGCGAGACAGUCGUCACGGCCGGUGACGACCACGUCGCGCUAGUUUUCAAGACACCUCUGACCCAGUAG